CUCGCGAGAGACAUGGAUAGUUUAUAAAAAUGACACACAGUCAGGGAAGUUGCGGAAGGGAUUUUGUCUGUGUCAAACCGUCUCAGAUGAAGUAAGAUUUCAGCUGUGACCAUGAGACCACCACUGACUAGGAUAUGGCAGUGUAUAUUUACCGUGUUAGUGACGUAUCACUGUUUUGGGUCAGCUGCAGGGAUGACAAAAGAAGAGAAAAGACAGCUCAAAGAGCAAACCAAGGAAAUGUUCUAUCAUGCAUACCAUUCAUACAUGGACAAUGCCUAUCCGGCAGAUGAAUUGAUGUCACUAAGUUGUAAAGGGCGCUACAGGGGCUCUGAAGCAACUAGGGGUGAUGUUGACGAUUCGUUAGGAAAUUUUUCGUUGUCACUGAUUGACACGCUGGAUACCCUCAUUGUUCUGGGAGACUUUGAUGAGUUUGAGAGCGCCACUAAGCUAGUAAUUCGUGAUGUUACGUUUGAAACCGACGUUGUAGUGUCCGUCUUUGAGACCAACAUUAGGGUGAUGGGGGGCCUGAUUAGCGGUCACGUGUUUGCUGCCAUGCUGCGGGACACCAGGGGGCGCAUGGUGUGGUACAGGGACGAGCUGCUUCUGCUUGCGAAGGAUCUCGGAUAUAGACUACUGCCGGCCUUCAAUACGACAUCGGGCAUGCCACUGCCAAGGGUGAAUUUGAGGUACGGUCUGAAGGGCUUGCACAAGGUGGAGCACGAAACUUGCACUGCCUGCGCUGGGACCAUGGUGCUGGAAUUUGCAGCCCUGAGUAGACUCACAGGAGAGCCGAUAUUCGAGGAGAAGGCGCAUCGAGCGAUGGAGUUUCUCUGGCAGGCGCGGCAUCGGACCAGCCACCUCAUGGGCACCGUGCUCAACGUGCACAAUGGCGAGUGGGUGCGACGAGAUAGUGGUGUUGGCGCUGGCAUAGACUCCUACUAUGAGUACCUUCUCAAGGCCUACAUACUGCUGGGAGACGAAACAUACCUGGAGCGAUUCAACAAGCACUACAGCUCGGUGAUGAAGUACGUCAGUCAGGGUCCGAUGCUCGUCGACGUGCACAUGCAUCGGCCGCACACCGCCUCGCGAAACUUUAUGACGUCGCUGCUCGCCUUCUGGCCUGGAUUACAGGUGUUAUUCGGAGACAUCAAGCCAGCGAUCGAGACGCACGAGAUGCUCUACCAGGUCAUCCAGCGGCACAAGUUUCUGCCCGAAGCCUUCACGACCGAGUUCAAGGUGUACUGGGGCCAGCACCCGCUGCGGCCGGAAUUCAUUGAGAGCACCUACUUUCUCUACAAGGCGACGGGCGACGCUCACUAUCUGGAGGUGGGCAGGAGUGUGCUGGAGAGCCUUAACCAGUACGCGCGCGUGCCAUGCGGAUUCGCCGCAGUCAAGGACGUGCGCACCGGAAGCCACGAGGACAGGAUGGAUUCCUUCGUGCUGGCGGAGCUGUUCAAGUACCUGUAUCUGCUAUUCGCCGAGGAUGAGGACAUCCCGAUAAACAUCGACGACUACGUUUUCACGACCGAAGCCCAUCUCCUGCCGCUCACGCUCUCAAAGGCCAUGAACCCAACCGGCGAGGAGGAUGUGGAAUACAAUGACGUGGCUAGUAAACGGGGAGAUGAGUUAAUGGCCGGAGAGGAUGAGAACGAAUACAAAUUCCGACGUUCCUGUCCUAACAACAACGCCAUCUUCCCUGGAGAAAACUUUGCACAGGUUAUACGUUUGAGGCUGAAAAAUAUGGUGGAAGAACAGUGCCCGAAGCCAAAAACCUUCAAGAGGCGGCUGCGGGCGAGCGAGUUUGAGGCGGGCAACGUGGCACACAUGACGAUGCUGGAGCGGAUGGGAAUACGCAUGGUCACCCUGAAGGACGCACGUGUGCAGCUGAUGCACACUGCCAACCAGGCGGCGACGUUAGAGGAAGGAGAGGAAGGUCUGCUGUUCAUGCAGGAGAUGAUAGAACUGUCGAACAACCAGAACAACCAGGUGGAACACCAGCCGCGCGUGAUACAGUUCCUGUCGCCGCCCUAUGAUGGCAGGGUGGUGCUCACCGCGGGACCCGCCCAGUUUGGUAUCGAGCUAAAAGGAAGCCAGGGGGUUCACGGCCGCGUCGUCGUGGCGACGCCGCUGAAGGGCUGCGGAGCGCUGGCCAAUGCUGAUGAAAUGAAAGGAGCUAUCGGCAUCGUCGAGCGCGGCGACUGCAUGUUCGUUGAGAAGGCGAGGAACCUCGUGAAGGUGGGCGCCAUCGCCGGCAUCGUGCUAGACAACAACCUCGGCACUAGCAGCAGUACAGCGCCGAUGUUUGCAAUGUCGGGCGACGGCAGCAAGGACAUCUUCAUCCCCAUGGUGUUUCUCUUCCAAGCCGAGAGUCAGAUCUUGCUGCACGCGCUCGGCACGCACACAGACCUGCAGGUUCUCAUGACGGACGCAAUCCCGACGAGCGGCGCUGCCGGCACUGCAGAAAAGGGCAGCAAGUUGGCAGACGACACACUAUCGGCAAGGACUGACGGAGUGACGGUGCAGAUGGUGGACAUUGAUGACGAUGGAACCCGCCUCAUAAACACCCAGAAGCGGUUCUUCAUCGCAGACGAAGAUGACGUGAGUAGUGCACACUCGCUGGAGUGCUGUGAGCGGAGAGAUAAGUUGUUUUUAUUUAAGCAAAGCGCUUUGCAAAAUAUCAAAUCUUCCAUUUAUUUAGCCGAUUUCGUCAGAGCGCUUUGGUCGUUUCGCUUCCACCAAAUCGCUGAUCACGUGGUUUAG